AUGGCCCGUCGAGUGCUUUCCAUCGUGAUGGUGGCGGCAGCCAUUGCGGCGCUCCUGUCCCAGAGCAUGUCCUUCUUGGCUGCUCCCAAGGAAGUGCCCCGAAGUGUGGUGGUGCCAGCAGCAGCAAUUGCUCCUAUGCUGAUCUCCGGUGCUGCUAAUGCGGAGGUUCCUUUCGACAUUACCUACGAGGAUCCCGCUUCUGGCACCUCUGCCGAUCUUGGCUACCUGCUCUUCUUCUUCGCAGUCUCGGUGGUUGCCAUUGCCAAGGACGUCUUCAGCAAGAGCGAUUCCAAGAGCUUGAAGGACGCAGUUCUUGGCAAAGACUAA